AUGGCACAAAAUUUUGUUGGAAAGAAUAACAUCAAUCUUUUGAAACCCAUUGGUCAAUACGGCACUCGUAACUUGAAUGGUAAAGACCACGCUAGUCAUAGAUAUCUAAACACGGAACUUAGUUCUCUUACUACUAGUUACCUCUUCUGCAAUGUUGAUGAUGAAAUACUUGAUUAUGAAUUGGCUGAAGAUGGAAAAACUAUUGAACCAAAAUGCCAAGGGGUUGGAAUAGGCUGGAGUUCUGUUGUUCCAAAAUAUAAUCCACAAGAUAUUAUUAACAAUAUAAGAUGCAAGCUCAAAGGUGAAUCUGUAGAAAAUAUGACUCCGUGGUAUAAAGGUUUUAAUGGAACCAUUGUGGCGACAAAAAACACAUGGUAUCAUACCGAUGGUUUAAAGUUUGAACAAAUAGGAGAUGGUAGAACGGUUGGAUUCCACAUAGAGUUUAUGCCUGGAAAAGCUCCAACCGAACAUGAUGAUUUAAUUACAACUUUACAAUUAAGAACCAAAAUUUCAACUAAUAUUAUGCAUCUUUAUAACAAUAUUGAUGACAUAGAAAAGUUCAACUCUGCAACAAACAUUCUUGAAGAGUUUUAUGAGACACGAUUGGGCUACUAUAAGAUGAGACACAAUGACAUGUCAACAAAGAUUGAAUCUGAUUUGGAGGAUUUAAUUAGCACAAGAAACUUUGUAGAGUUUGCCAGGAAUCAGAAAUUUGAUUUUGUCACGAAAGAUAGCAAAGAUUUGCAAGAAUUUUUUAUGGUCCACAAUGUUGCUGAUGUUUCUAUCCGGUCUCUUUUAUCUUUACCUUUAAGUAAUUUCCUUAAUGAAGGGUUAAGGAAACUUGAAGAUAAAAUAACAGAGAAGGAAAAGGAGAAGAAUGCUCUGAUUUUUAAAAAGGAAACUCAAUUGUGGGAGGAUGACUUGAACGCAUUUGAAGUAGCGUGGAAGAAAGAAGAAGCAAGUUGGGAAAAAAGUGAUACAAUGUCAUGCCCAAUUUGUGAUGGUGUAGCUUGCAUAGAGAGCACUAGUAAUGACGUGAACACUACUCCUACAAUUAUGGAACCAAGGAGGAGUCACAGACUAAAGAAACCCAAUCCCAAAUAUCCUCCCUUCCUCUCCCUAAUACAUUAG